AUGCAGGAAAUGACCGAAGAGCCCAUCAAAUGCCCAUUCCCAUGUUGGCGGAAGCCCGUUGCCAGCAUCCUCCCUACGGUUACCACGCCCGUCUCGUCUGAGCAAAGCGCUACCAUAGCCACGCCCGAACAGGACAUUAUUCCAACGGCAAUCGAAUCGCCAGAAGAAGAUGCUGCUCCAGCCACGGCCGCCACGUCUGAUGACAAAGUUGAUGCAUCGGCCACCCGGAAGAAGUUCCGGAGAAGGCUAUUAGAGAAUUUCCGGCUCCCAGGACUAAGAGACACACCCACGUCUACUCCGUCUACCGAAGAAGUUGGCGCAGGGCUGACCCUGGAUGAGCUCUGGAAGAAGCUAUUGAAGAAUGGCCUUAAAAAAGAGAAAUCAGGACGCCUUUCCGAUCUUUUAAAGUAUAAAUCUUGCAAGGAUGAUAUUCUUAAACUGUACAAGGCGUACGAAGAAAGAGCGGACACCAAGUUUCUGACAGCCAUGAAGCCCGUUGUGGAGGGCCUGCUUGCCUUCAGUCCAGGGAUCACCUCCUUGGCCAAGGCUAACAAAUUGUUACCCUUGGUAUGGGGAAGCAUCCAGAUCUUCCUAGAGAGCGCAAAAAGUAUCUACAGUGUCUCCUCCAGCAUUCAAGCUUUGCUUGAUAGCCUUGAAACAAUGCUACCGCGGUUAAAAGAAUACGUCAACCUAUACCCUGACAACGAGCGUCUGCGCAAAAUAUCUUGCGAUGUUUAUGUAGUUUACGUGGACGCAUGUAUACAGACGGCCCUCUAUCUUGAAAGGCGAGCUUGCACCUUUGCUUUGCUAACCAGUCUGAAAGAGAAUCUCCUCCGGGAGUUGUGUCUUGCCUGCCGCGACGGUCGACGCUUUGCUGAUGCAAUUGACAAAUUGGAAAAGCACGAAAGGGCUUUUCACCAUGAGGCGGACCUGGCUUCUGCCAGGCAUGUGAAGGACAUCCACACGGCCGUGAGCGAAAGAGCGCCUGAUUUGAUGGCACCAGCCAAUUCACAGAGCAGCAUUCGUGAGCAGCAUACAUAG